UGCACUCUCCAGCUUCAUCACCACUCCCACAACAACAGAAACCCAACAAUGGCUUCCCCUUCCAAACCCCACGUUGUGGAGGACUGCGACGGUUUCCUCCAACUCUACAGCGACGGCACCGUCUCACGCUCCGACAUGCAAUUCCAAGACAUUACCCCAACCCAACAAGACCACCUUGUAACAUUCAAAGACUACCUCUUCCUUGAAAAAUUCAACCUCCACAUUCGUCUCUACAAACCCACACCAAUAUCAAACAGCAACAACAAAACCCUACCUGUGAUCAUGUUCCUCCACGGUGGCGGCUUCUGCUUCGGCUCCCGCACGUGGCCCCACUUGCACACGUGCUGCAUGCGCCUCGCCUCGGGUCUCCGUGCCGUUGUCGCCGCGCCGGACUACCGCUUGGCACCGGAGCACCGCCUUCCCACCGCGGUGGACGAUGCUGCUGAGGCCGUGAAGUGGCUGCAGAGGCGGGGCUUCGGCGGGGAUGCGUGGCUGAGUGAGGGGGUUGACUUUGACCGCUUGUUUGUUGUGGGUGAUUCCUCUGGCGGGAACAUUGCGCACCACCUUGCGGUUCGGUUCGGUCAUGGUUCGGAGGAGGUGGACCUGGUUCGGGUACGAGGUUAUGUGCUGCUGAGCCCAUUUUUCGGUGGAGUGGCUCGAACAAGGUCGGAGGAGGGUCCCCUGGAGAAAACACUCAGCCUGGAGAUACUGGACAGAUUAUGGAGGUUGUCUCUGCCUAUUGGAGAAACCAGAGACCACCCACUGGCGAACCCAUUUGGACCUGAGAGUCCAAACCUUGGACAUGUGAAGCUUGACCCUAUUUUAGUAAUAAUUGGUGGCAAUGAAUUACUGAAGGACAGAGCAGCAGACUACGCAACAAAGUUAAAAGAACUAGGGAAGAACAUUGAAUAUGUUGAGUUUGAGGGGAGGGAACAUGGUUUUUUCACUCAUGAUUCGGACUCAGAGGUUGUAGAAGAGGUGGUGCAAAUCCUUAAGCGAUUCAUGCUUGAAAAUUCUAAUUAAUUAGAAGACUUGAAAAACAAACGACCAUGAAAGGAUCUAGACAAUAGACUAUAUAUGUUGUGAUGUUAUAAAGUUUUCAUCUUCUUUAAUUUUAAUUUGACAUUAAAGUAAAAUCAUGUUUUUU